UUAUGUUGUUGUAUAACUGCCUCUCGUUUUGCUUUCUUGUACACCACCCAUCUCUUCGUUGCGUCUUAUUCUCCCAUCGAUCUCCAAUCAAUCACUUACAAUUUCAGUUAGAAAACCAUGAAGUUACGUGUCAGAUCUUUUGAGACCAAAGAAACUCUAAAGAUGGAAGUCCCUAAUCCUUGCAGUCUCCAACAACUUAGGGAACUCGUAUCUCAGAAACUUCCUUCUGCAAGUUCUACUAUAUAUUUAUCUCUGAAUAGAAAAGACGACCUUACAACUGCAUCUCCAGAAGAAUCUAUCCAAUCAAUCGGAAUCACAUCUGGUGAUCUUAUCUACUACACUACAAAUCCUAAUGGAUUUUCUGCCGCCCCUCAACUUCCAUCUGCAACACCAUCAGUAGCUAAAUCUGAACUAUCCGAUAAACUCCAAACCUCAAGUUCCAGUUCUAGUAAGCAAAGUGAAGCCUUAAACGUUUGCUCUGAAAAGGGAAAAACCAUGGAUUCCAGUAAACUGAACUCUGAAGAGAUUUCAGAAUCUAUGGAAAUAGACGACACUGUUAAUGAGAUUGGAAAGCCAUUAUUAGUUCCCCCGAAUCCGAGCUCUAGUAAGCAUGAAUCCUUAAACUUCAGCUCUGAAAAGGGAAAAACAGUGGGUUUCAGUAAUCUAAACUCAGAAGAGAUUUCAGAAUCUAUGGAAAUAGAUGAUGACUCUGUUAGUGAGGUUGGAAAGUCAUUAUCAGUUCCAGGUUUUCUGAGGAAAGUUUUCACAGAGGAAUUGGGUGAUGAUGAUGGUCGUAAUCACAAGCUUUUAGGGACAGCCAUUCGUGCUGUUCUAUCAGAAUCUGGGUUUGUGGAGAUAGAUCCCACUUCAAAGCUGGUCAAAAGCGCCAACUAUGAAGCUCAAGGGAAUUUGUAUCUUGCGUCAUUCUACUACACUCUUUCCAACAUCAUUACUGGUGGUAACAUUGAAACUGUGAAGAUCAGGUUUCAAAACCUAGGAAGGUAUUGCAAGGUUUACGGGUUUUUGGUUAAUGGAACCGGGGUGCACUCGGUGCUCUUGGAUGAAGACAGAUUGGUGCCGUUUCUGAAUGUUGUUUGGGCUAAUUGUGGACAAGUGGUUGCGACCAUGGAGGAAAACAAUAAGGUUUCUAAUGUCCAACCUGAAAAAGAAGUGUUCGAGUUCUGGAGGAAAAUGAAAGAUGGGCUUGCUUUACCUCUACUGAUAGAUUUAUGUGAGAAGGCCGGUUUUGAACUUCCACCUUGCUUCAUGCGACUGCCAACCGAACUCAAACUUAAGAUUCUAGAGUCGGUUUCUGCUGUGGAUAUAGCAAAAAUGAGCUGUGUUUGCUCAGAAUUGAGAUACCUGGCUUCGAGUGAUGAUUUGUGGAAACAGAAGUACAUCGAGCAGUUUGGGAAUGCCAAUGGGUCAGACAGUUGGAGGUCAUACAAAGAGAGAUUUGCCAAAACUUGGGAGGGUCGGAAAAGGAGGAGGAUUAUAGGCAGAUCUGCUAUGGGUAUAUUGAGAAGAAGAAAUCCUUAUGCCCCAUUUGGUGUUGGUAAUGUUCCGGGAAUAGUAGGCGGGGAUUAUGAUAUAUUCCCGUAUGUUGGUCUGCCACCAGGUAGUGGUCCAAGACUGAGAAAUGUUAUACCAAACUGUAAUCUGGGUGGGCUGGGCCGGUAGCCGUGGUGGUUUUUAUGGUUUGUAGUGACCUUCACAACGGUUGAACUGUUUUAGUAUGUUUAAUAAGUUGUGUAUACCUGCCAGCUGCUUGUUUGAACCUGAGACAUACCUUAUACUGUACGUGUUUGUUUUUUAUGGUAUGUUAUAUCAGGUUUUAUGCAUUA